GACGACGUUAUGCAAUCCGUCAGCGCCCCUCAGAAGCCUCACGGUCUCAGUGUUUUGUGAAUGGGAGCAAGAGGGAGGUGCUGAGGGGAGGAGUUGGACUUAGACCAUCCAGGGCUGACUGACGGGUUCCACCAAACCAGAAAACCUUCUCAUUAUAGAGCAAAACCUGAGAAUAUACAGGACACUUGACUGCUGUCGGCCGCCCUGCAACAUCCUAAUGAAGGGAGAGAAAGAGAUCACGACCAAGAUGGACCCAUCUAACGGGCUGAACCGGCCGCUGGAGAUCGUCCCGCACACAGAGGUGAAGUUGACGGACCGCGGACAGUGGAGCAACAAGCUGGAGUUUGUCCUGUCGGUGGCCGGAGAAAUCAUCGGACUGGGAAACGUGUGGCGCUUCCCGUAUCUCUGCUACAAGAACGGUGGAGGUGCAUUUUUCAUUCCCUACCUGAUCUUCCUCUUCACCUGCGGGAUCCCCGUGUUUUUCCUGGAGAUCUCUCUGGGUCAGUUCACCAGCGAGGGAGGAGUCACAUGCUGGAGGAAGAUCAGCCCGCUGUUUGAAGGCAUCGGAUACGCCACUCAGGUGAUUGUGGCUCUGCUGAACUUCUACUAUAUCAUAGUUUUGGCCUGGGGAAUAUUUUAUCUGUCCUACUCCUUCUCCUGGAACCUGCCAUGGUCGUCCUGCAACAACACCUGGAACACAGAUUCCUGCAUGGAAUUCCAAAGACGAAAUGAUUCCAUUGUCCAAAGUCACCCUGAAAACGCAACAUCGCCCGUGAUUGAGUUCUGGGAACGGAGAGUUUUACGGAUCUCCUCUGGGAUCGAGGAGAUGGGAACGCUGCACUGGGAUCUGGUCCUCUGUCUGUUGUUGGCCUGGGUUCUGUGUUAUUUCUGCAUCUGGAAAGGCGUCAAAUCCACCGGGAAGGUGGUGUACUUCACUGCGACCUUCCCGUAUGUGAUGCUGUUGAUUUUACUGAUCAGAGGGGUCACGCUGCCAGGAGCAUCCCGCGGGAUCCAGUUCUACCUUUAUCCCGACCUGGGAAGGUUAGCGGACCCACAGGUGUGGAUGGACGCUGGCACGCAGAUCUUUUUCUCGUAUGCCAUCUGUCUGGGUUGCCUCACCGCGCUGGGAAGCUACAACAAAUACAACAACAACUGCUACAGGGAUUCUUUGGCCCUGUGUUUCCUGAACAGCGGAACCAGUUUUGUUGCUGGUUUUGCCAUCUUCUCCAUUCUUGGCUUCAUGUCUUACGAACAGAACGUCCCGAUUUCUGAAGUGGCAGAAUCUGGUCCUGGUUUGGCGUUCAUCGCGUAUCCGCGGGCCGUGUCCAUGAUGCCCAUCUCUCCGCUGUGGGCCUGUUUCUUUUUCAUCAUGAUUGUCCUUUUGGGGUUGGACAGUCAGUUUGUGUGUGUUGAGAGUCUGGUCACGGCCAUGGUGGACAUGUACCCGUCUUUCUUCCGCCGGAAGAACCGCAGAGAGCUGCUCAUCCUCGUCGUGGCCGUCGUGUCCUUCCUCGUGGGCCUCAUUAUGCUCACAGAGGGUGGAAUGUAUGUCUUCCAGCUGUUUGACUACUAUGCAGCCAGUGGCAUGUGUUUGCUCUUUGUAGCUGUUUUUGAGACCGUCUGCAUUGCUUGGAUCUACGGUGCUAAUCGGUUCUAUGACAAUAUCGAGGACAUGAUUGGUUACCGUCCUGGGCCGUACAUUAAAUACUGCUGGCUCUUCUUCACCCCUGCCACAUGUUUUGGUACGUUUGCGUUCUCCCUGAUCAAAUACACUCCUCUGAAGUAUAAUAACGAGUAUGUGUACCCGUGGUGGGGUUACGCCCUCGGCUGGCUGCUGGCGCUCUCCUCUAUGGUUUGCAUCCCGCUGUGGAUUGUUUAUAAAAUGAGCAUGGCCAAAGGUUCACUGCGAGAGCGUUUCCACGAGCUCACCAGGCCCUCGCUGGACCUGCCCAAAAUGAGACGGGAACAGGAGAAACCUCAGGCCAUUUUUGCAGCCGACGGCGAGACUCUUCGCCAGCGAAGCACCCCAACCAAAGACGGGUACUUCCCCGUCAGCGAGAAAGAGUCGCACUGUUAGCCCUAUGUUUUCCCCAGGGUGGUGCUUCUAAACCUUCCCAUGAUACCUCACACAGUACUGGCAGCCAAAUAAGCAUUAGGACAUGCCAGGAUGACGCUCGACCUCUACAGUCUGUGAGAGGAUUUGAAGAGCGUCUUCUGAUUUCAUGCUUGCUCUCGUUGCUCAGAGGGUAUGAAAAGCCAGUAAGUGUCAAUAUUAUAGACAGCAGAAUGUUAAAAAACACUGUUUGCAACCUGUUUUACUUCUGUAAUCACACUUAUUUUAAAGUAAAACAUGAUGUUUGAUAUCUAUUCUGGAUUUCACUAUUUGAUCAGACUGGCAAAAGUUACACAAAAUGAUAUUAAAAAUUAAAAAUAAAUAAAUAUAUAUAUAUAUCCCCAUUUUUAAUAUUAUUUUGUGUUUUUGUGUAACUUUUGCCACUUUAUAUAAUUUUUAUUAUAGUUGCGUUAAAUUGAUCAGACUGGCAAAAGUUACACAAAAUUAUAUUAAAAAAAAAAAAUAAAAAUAUAUAUAUAUAUAUAUGAUUUUUUCCAUUUUUAAUUCAAUUUUGUGUAACUUUUGCUACCUUAUAUAUUCAUAAUAAUGAUAUAAAUUCUAUUGGAUAUGCAUAACAUUUAUCAGACUGGCAAAAGUUACAGAAAAUUAAAUAUAUAUGUAUUAUUUCAUUUUUAAUAUGAUUUUGUGUAACGAUUAAUCUUUAAAAUCAGCUUUGACAAGUUCGAUCACAGCGAACAUUUAGAUCUGCGUUCUGAUCCAGAGAGAGCCAUUGUCAUGUUUAGAUAUGAAACAGCUUCAUAAACAGUCUUUUCAACCACAGAGUAUCAUUAUUUCUGUUACAAUACUUCAUAUUAUCACAGAAGUACUGGAAUAAAGGUUUAUAGUUUGGAUAUAAACACUGAUGUCUGCGGAAGUGAUUAAAUUAGAAUAAAUCAACUUGAAAGGAACUUGACGCUUCAAAUAAAGAUUGUAUUGAUUACAUUGUUACACCAGUAGGUGGCGACAAGUGACUUUUAAAAAUGUAUGUCGUUGAAUCAUUCAUUCAAGAUUCGUUCAAAAACGUUGAUUCAUCCAGUAAUGAAACAAGUGAAGUCAUUGAAUCAUUCAUUCAAAAGAUUCGUUCAAAAACGCUGAUUCAUCCAGUAAUGAAACAAGUGAAGUCAUUGAAUCAUUCUUUCAAAAUAAUUAAUUCAAAUUUAUUAAAUCUUUUUAAAUAGAAUGUUUUGUUUAGGUGUCUGUUCAGAAUCGUGGGAGAAUCGUGAUCUCUAUUUUAAACAAAAAAAAUCGUGAUUCUCAAUUCAUCCAGAAUCAUGCAGCUCUUAUAAUGUCAUUCCAAACCUGGAUUUCUUUGUCUUUAUUUCUUCUGCUUUCAGUAAUAUUACCACUAAAUAAAAAAUAAAAAAGGUAAUUGCAACUUUUUAUCUCACAAUUCUGACUUCUUUUCUCAGAAUUGCAAAUAUAAAGUCGCAAUUGUGAAUUAUAGUCAGAAUUGAGAUAUAAACCCACAAUUCUGACUUUUUACUCGCAAUUCUGACUUUAUAACUCACAAUUCUGACUUUAUAACUCAUAAUUCUGACUUUAUAACUCAUAAUUCUGACUUUAUAGCUCGCAAUUGAGUUUAUUUCUCGCAAUUCUGACUUUAUAACUCACAAUUGAGUUUAUUUCUCGCAAUUCUGACUUUAUAACUCACAAUUCUGACUUUAACUCACAAUUCUGACUUUUUAACUCACAAUUCUGACUUUAUAACUCACAAUUCUGACUUUAACUCACAAUUCUGACUUUAUAACUCACAAUUCUGACUUUAUAGCUUGCAAUUGGGUUUAUUUCUCGCAAUUCUGACUUUAUAACUCACAAUUCUGACUUUAUAACUCACAAUUCUGACUUUAUAACUCGCAAUUGAGUUUAUAUCUCUCAAUUGUGACUACAUCUCGCAAUUCUGAAUUUAUAUCUCACAUUUUUGACUUUAUAUCUCGCAAUUGACUAUAUCUCACAAUUGUGACUUUAUAACUCGCAAUUCUGACUUUAUAACUUGCAAUUGCGAGUUUAUAUCACGCUAUUCUGAAAAAAAAAAAAAGUCAGAAUUGUGAGAUAAAAAGCCACAGUUACCUUUCUUAUUUUUUAUUCAGUGGCAGAAACAAGCUUCCAUAAUUUUCACUGUCAAACCCUUUGCCCAGCAGGUGGCAGAGUGGAACUCAAUCAAAAUAGAUGUUGGAAACAGAAACUGGAGUGUCUUUAGGACUGUUUCAGUUCAUACAAUCAAUGCAUCUGCUUUCUAAGGAAGCAAAUCAGUGUUUAGAAUCCAUGUGGAUGUACAUUAUAAAUACAGCAAAGCCUGUGAGGUUUUAUACUCAGAACCAUCAUACAUGAGUUAUGAAUGCCUAUGAAGAUUUUAGACUUUACAUGCAGAUCUGAUAGUGUUACAGAAAUGAGGAAUACGGUACGGUUUUGAGGUGAUGUGAAACAGUUACAGUGUUAAACAGGGUCAUUGAUCAAUACUUUUUGUGCACUUGAGAAUGUUUUAGGAUAUAAAUCAUUGUAUCUCACGAUUUUGUAUUUUUAUUGUAAAACUUUAUUAAAGCGGAGUACGUUUGUUGUCUAGAAUCUACUGUUUAACAAAUGUGUGAUAAAUGUAUGAAAUUUUAACGUCUGCACAAAUCAAUCAGAUUGCAUAUUGAGGACCAAUCAUAUGUGGUUGUUUUCACUGGUACAUGUUGUCAUGACAUAUAUGAAGUGUUGGAAGUGUCCUGCGAGCAGACCGCCAGCAGUCUUUGUGUAUAUAACCUGUACAGAAAGCUUGCGUUUGGGUUUUACAACUUUGUAAAUGUGUUACCUUUGAGCCAGAUAUACUGUAUUACUCAUGUACAUUACAUCAAUAAAAAAGUAUUAUGCACAA